AUGAUGUAUCAACCAUACGACGUUUUGUCUUAUACAUUGGAUGAGAAUGAAUAUCAUCAUCUUGACACUGAACUGUCGGUUCGUACUAUUCCGCCAGUCAUACAUACUAAACCUAAUAGUGACUUCCAUAUAUAUCCCGAAAACUCAUCGAACGGAUCGUUAACCAAGAAUACUGCUUAUGUUUCGACGAAUCAAAUAAUUGGCUUAGGUGUAGUUUCAUCGCGUAAUUUUUUUUCUAUUUUCAACGAAUCAUUAUUUCUCGAUGAUCACUUAGAUGAUAACCCUAUACAACAUAUUUCGGAAGAUUCUGCCAAUGCAGUUUCACUGACAACAACUAGUAUGGAUAAUGAAAAUAAUAAUAAUAAUAAUCAAAAUAUUGAUUUUCAUACUUCAUCAGAAUCGAAUUUGACUGAAGAUGAAAAUUUUAUAUCCGAUGAAGAUAAACAUAUCUUUGAACAGUUUUAUGACGAAUUUAGUUUAGAAAUGAUUGACGCAUCAAUUCAACAACGAACAAUGGUGAUUAAAAGUCAACCCCCGAAAACGAUUCGCCAUCGUUAUAAAAGCGAUGGAAAACGUCAGAUAGAAAAGUCUCGUACAAAACCUAUGGUUGUUGGAUUACCCAACUUAAAAGAUAUUCAAUCAGAUACUGAUUCAUUCUUUUGGCUUCGACUUAUUCUGAUAACCAACAGUAAAAAUCCAACGGAUGAAGUAUAUUUUCAUCUUAACAAGCUUAAGUAUCAUUCUGAUGAUGUACAAGAACUCGAUGAUCAAACUGUUUGUAUUCCUUUGACUAAAACUGAUAUUAUAGAAGAAGAAAAAGUACUUUCACGUCUAUCAUUAAUCAAAACAACAUUAGAUGAGUACAAAUCGGAAUUGAUUCCAUAUGACUUAUCGAAAAGUAACUAUGAAUCGCACGAAAAUGCCCGCAAAGGCGAAACAAGUGAAAUAUCGAAGCGAGAGGCCAAGGAAGUUUUCAAAAAAUUUAACCUGAAAGCUAGCCGAAUCGUUUGUCAAUUAUUAAUAAAACAAAAUGAAUUAUGGCAUUAUACAAAUAUUGCAUGCGAAACAAACGUUAUUGAAGACAAAGAUCAGAAGUAUACACCUAAAAUGCGAUCACCAAAGAAAAUGAACAACAAGAACAAUAAAUUAUUACAUGAACGUUCAAUGUCAUCGAAUGUUAGAUUAAAAAAAUAA